UUCCUGCCAUCUCACCACUCGACCUUCACUAUUAUACAAGAUGGAUAAUCAAGCGUCUACAUCUUCUGGAGAGAUGGAUCAGAGGAGGAAAGACGCUCUGACGGGCUAUCGCAAUAAAAUGCGAGAGCACGAAAUGAGUAGUCAGAGUCUUAAAAACUUACGAUUCUCCCUUAAGGACCUGGAGAAGGACUUUGAGAAGACGGAGGAUGAUAUCAAAGCCGUACAGUCCGUUGGCCAGAUUAUUGGAGAAGUGAUGAAGCAGCUGGAUGAUGAACGAUUUAUUGUCAAAGCCUCUUCAGGCCCACGAUACGUCGUCUCAUACAGACCCGCAUUACCCGCCGCAAAGCUGAAGAACGGGACGCGUGUCAGCUUAGACAUGACCACGUUAACCAUCAUGCGUAUCCUACCUCGCGAGGUCGAUCCGUUAGUAUACAAGAUGUCGCUUGAAGACCCAGGAGGGGUAACUUUCGCCGGGAUUGGAGGGCUGGGCGAACAAGUCCGGGAACUUCGUGAGGUCAUCGAACUCCCCCUAAUGAACCCCGAACUCUUCCUUCGCGUCGGUAUCCAACCCCCCAAAGGCGUCCUCCUCUACGGUCCCCCAGGAACAGGCAAAACCCUCCUCGCACGCGCAGUAGCCGCAACCCUCGACACCAAAUUCCUCAAAGUCGUCUCAUCCGCCAUCGUCGACAAAUACAUCGGAGAAUCCGCACGUGUCGUGAGAGAGAUGUUUGGAUACGCACGAGAGAAUGAGCCGUGUAUUAUCUUUAUGGAUGAGAUUGAUGCGAUUGGUGGGAGGAGGUUCUCUGAGGGGACGAGUGCGGAUCGGGAGAUUCAGAGGACGCUUAUGGAGCUCCUAAACCAAAUGGACGGCUUCGACACACUCGGUAAAACAAAACUCAUAAUGGCAACCAACCGUCCAGACACCCUCGACCCGGCCCUCCUCCGUCCAGGCCGACUAGACAGAAAGAUCGAGAUUCCCCUACCAAACGAACAAGGUCGACUCGAGAUUCUCAAAAUCCAUGCUGGACCUGUGAACAAGGGCAAGGACAUCGAUUACGAAGCGAUCGUGAAACUCUCGGAUGGGUUUAAUGGUGCAGAUUUGAGGAAUGUGGUUACUGAGGCUGGGAUGUUUGCUAUUCGUGAGGACCGUGAGUUUAUCACCCAAGAAGACCUUACUAAAGCUGCGCGGAAGGUUGGAGAGGCGAAGAAACACGAAACUAAACUAGAGUACUCGGCUGCUUGAUUCUAUUGUAGACACGUUGUAUCAUUCCAUGCCCCAUUUCAUGAACUUGAUACCUGC